AAGUAACCCACUCAAUCACCAUUACAGAAAAAAAAAUUGUAAACCAUAAUACACGGUUUAUUGAGCUGUUUAAUACUAGUAAAAAGCAUCGGUAACAUAAUUUACUGAAACAUUUGAUUGUAAAUGAAAGUGUGAUACUGCAGGACAAUAUUGAAGGCUACGCCCUAACUGAGAUGACCUUUCUUUGCUUAGCAAUGAACUAUGUGAAAUGCAUGUAUUGGUCUAAGCAGAAGAAUAGCUAUUUAUCUUCCACAUGAGACCACUUCUUGAUCAAACACUUUAUACAGAAUGUUUAUGGGCCGAUCCAGCCACUUUCAGGCUUUCAGGGCCAAGUGACUUCCUUCCCCUCAUUUGUUAUAAUCCCUCCCUUUUGCUGGAGAACUGCAUGGGUGAAUGAUAAAGUAAUACAGUCUUCAAGUAGGCUACAGUAAUAAGGAUACAAACUACGCUGGUACUGAAACAGCCACCGCUACACCAUGUUUCCUACAAUCCCAUUAGCUAAGGGCACCGUAACCCCUAACACUACAGCCAGCCAUACCACCGCCGCUCCCGGGUUUAUAGACCAACUACUGAACAAGAUUCCCUUGCCAAGAUGGGCCAUUUACACCAUCUUUGCUGUCAUUGUCUUGAUGUUUUUGGUGUGUAUUAUAUGCAUCUGUGCGAAAUGCUGCUGCAAGAGCAAGAAAAAGAUCAAAAAGAAGCCGGACAAUCAAAUCAAUCUACAAGGGGUGAUUGGUUCCUCGACUACAUCGCUAGUCCAACAUGGCUCGGAUGAUGCAGGCUACGGCUCAGCUAAAAACCGGGGGAGACUACUCUAUUCUCUGGAAUACAAGGCACAAGAGCUGACAGUGGGGCUCAAAGAGGCUGCAGCUCUGACAGCCAUGGACCGGAGUGGCACCUCUGACCCCUAUGUUAAAGUCUACAUCACUCCCAACAAGUCAAAGACAUUCGAGACUAAGGUCUACAGGAAAACCCUCAACCCUGUGUUCAAUGAACACUUCACAUUUAAGAUUGACAAGGCUGAGCUCAAUGAGUCCACCAUAGUCAUGAAAGUGUUCGACUUCGAUAGAUUCUCCAAACACGACAUCAUCGGGGAGCUGAGGCUGCAGCUCGGAAUCAUCGACUGGAAUCAUGUGAUUGAAGAGUGGGAAGACCUGAGAGAACCCUCCAAGUUUGAGGAUGAAAUUCUGGGGGAGAUCUGCUUCUCGUUGCGCUACGUCCCCACCACUAACAAGUUGACUGUUGUCAUCCUGGAAGCCAAGAACUUAAAGAGUAUGGACAAAGGGGGCUCAUCAGAUCCCUAUGUAAAAGUGCAGCUUGCUCUGGACAAGAAGAAGUGGAAGAGAAAGAAGACAUCUGUUAAAAAGUCCACACUGAAUCCCUACUUCAACGAAUCCUUUACGUUUGAUGUGUCGUUUGAACAAAUUCAAAGGGUUCACCUGAUGAUUUCCGUGUGGGACCAUGACAAGUUGAGCAGGAACGACGCCAUAGGGAAGAUUUUCCUGGGUUGUGAUGCUGCAGGGAACCAGCUGAGGCACUGGGCAGAUAUGCUGUCCAAUCCCCGUAGGCCUGUGGCUCAGUGGCACAACUUGCUUUCCAACGAACAAGUGGACUCCACCCUCGACCUCAAACACACAGUUAGGAUCCCCUUCAUCAAUAAGAACUUUUGAGAAAUCUUAUACUCGCUUGCCAGACUCAAGGCACUCAAGUGGCUAUGGGAAGAGGUUGGAGAAAAUCCUCCUCCAUGGCCCGACAUAACCCGAUUCCUCCUUCUACUUCACUCAGCUAAUAGCCUCUUGGAGGCCCUAGCACUUUUAAACAAAAUACAGACCCUUCAGAAAGUAUUCACACCCCUUGACUUUUUCAACAUUUUGUUGUGUUACAGCCUGAAUUUAAAAUGGAUUAUAUUGAGAUUUUUACGUC